CUUUGGGCCAAAAUGUUAAUUCAAUACCUGUCGUCACUCUUGAAUACUUCCCGUCUGUGUAUCUUGUAUUCGAAUUGAAUAGCUGUGUCGUGUCGCAUGGCUGUUGCUUCCUUUCCUUGACCUUGACUCUGGUCUCCCACCUUUCUUUCCUGAUCUCCUCUCCCAAGUGGACCACCAUUGCGCCUUCUUCUCAACCCAGGAAAACCUCACCGCCUGCGCUAGCACUUUUUCUACUGCAGGCUUCAGUCUCUCAUUUCUCAUCCUGAUCGCCCUCACUCCACCUCCUCCAUCGUCUCCCUCCUCUUGGGGACCAAGUUGUCUGGCUUGAACAAUGUCCGCUGCACAGUUUCUCCACCGGCUCGGCCUCGACCUCCAGACCCUCAGUGUCAAACCCAGCACUUUACCCUCGUCCUACUUCAAGUUUCCUCCGUCGAAUGAACCAACUACAUUACCUCCUCCACCAAAUCAUUCCACGUUGGCACACCCCUUCACUCUCCCCGCUGACCUAUACAAUGCUCUUUUGUCGCCGAUCGUCCCCGCUACUAUAGCCCUUGUCUACGUCUCUAUUGUCAGUGUCUUGAACUCGGUCAAUGCCAAUCGCAAAUACAAGCCAUGGGCUAUCAGCAGAACGAGCAUCUUCAAGCUCUUAGUCAUGCUGCAUAACACCCUGCUUGCUGUCUACUCCGCAUGGACUUUCGUUGGCAUGUACAACGGCUUGCGCCUCUCCCUACCCUCAUGGCGCACCACCACCAGCCUCUCCGAGACUGUCGAUGUACUCUGCAAACUCCACGGUCCCCGUGGCCAUGGAAGCGCCAUCACCUACAAUGCCAACACCAGUGCCUGGACCUUUACCGAUCGACUCUUGCACCUUGGCCCAGACGGACUGACCCCAGACUCCUCCGAUGUCGGAAGGUUAUGGAAUGAGGGCCUAGCUUUUUACGGCUGGAUCUUUUACCUCUCCAAGUUCUACGAGGUCAUUGACACUUUCAUCAUCCUGGCCAAGGGAAAAAAGAGCAGCCUCCUGCAGACUUAUCACCAUGCGGGAGCAAUGCUCUGCAUGUGGGCUGGCAUCCGCUACAUGUCCCCACCCAUCUGGAUGUUUGUCUUUGUCAACUCCUUUAUUCACACCAUCAUGUACACCUUUUACCUUUUCAACGUCAUCGGCAUCAAAGUUCCCAAACGAAUCAAACAGUCACUCACCACUCUUCAAAUUACUCAAUUUGUGGUUGGUGUCUUUUAUGCCUUCAGCCAUCUCUUUGUCGCCUAUCAGAUCCCUGUAAGCGUGCCUUACAUUCACCGCCUUGGCGAUGCCAUCUCCUCCGCCGCUGCAACGGUCCCAGCCGAGGCUUCUUCCUCCGUCUCAAGUGCUAUCGGGAUCGCUUCUGCUGGUGCCGCUGCCUGGGUGAAAAAGCUUGCGCUGAGAGCUGCUGGACGGGAAGGUCUCGCGGAGAAUGUACCUAAUGAACACGGCCGUCCUUUCGGGUUCGACCCUGUCAACAUCGCCCAGGACUUGGUCUCGAGAGAAGAGACGAGAUUCAGGGAUGAGCUUCAAUGGGUUCAUUGUCUGGACACUAGUGGCCAAGUCUUUGCAAUCUUGCUCAAUGUCGUAUAUCUCAUGCCUCUGACUUGGCUCUUCGCCCAGUUUUUCAUCACAGCGUACCUCAAGCGAGCGGAGAGAAGACGCAGUAGUACUACCAGCGACAAAGUCCUCGUUGCCCGACAAAGCCUCAGGGAUGCAUCUAGAGGCGUGGCCCGGCGACUGAGCGAAGUGGUCGAAGAGAUGCACCGUACAUCAGUAGAGAUGGGAGAUGAUGAAGUUCUUAUUGAAGUUGAUGAGGUCAGGGAGGAACUCAAGUACGCCGCCGGUCAAGCAAAAGCCCAAAUUCUCAAAGGCACCGAGAGCAUUAAGCAGUCUGCUGCCAGCAUCGACACCGACAAGGUUAAACAAGAGGUGCAACGUGGCCUGGACACUGCAAAACAGAGCCUCGACAGUGUCGUCGAACGUGCUCAGCAAACCGCAUCACCAGGGGGGACCCCAAACGGAAAUGGCACCGGCGCCGAAGAGGCGACCGGCCAGUCAUCCCCAGAGAAGCAAUCGAACAAGAAGAAGAACAAGAAAAAUAAAAAGGGAGGCAGCAAUGGAGAACAGGAGAGCCAGGCAAAGGACGAGCCUUCGAGUCAAGUGCAAGAGGGAAAGAGUUUCGCCGAUGCAGCAAAAGAGUGAAAAUGCGGGCGAGCCGAGUACCGAGCAAUCGGGACGAGGCACAUUGAUUGGCGUUGUAACUUGUAAAUAUUGGAUCAUAGCCCGUUAUUUGAAUCUCUUUUCUCAAAGCGAGUUGUUCAAGUCACAUGAUA